UCCCUCCCCGGCUGACCCUGUACUGUGAUGACCACGGGAACCCCGUGUGCGAGGCAGCAGGAGGGAAGCCGGCUGCUCAGAUCUUGUGGGUCCCAGAGAGCAACUCCACCCCCAAGGAAGAAGGCCAUGAUGAUGGGACAGUGACCGUUCUCAGCAAGUUCACAGCAUACAGCUCCAAUGUGACUAAUACGACCUGCAUUGUGUCGCACCCAGCGGGGAACCAGAGCAAGUCCAUACCCUGUCAUCCCUCAAAGAACGGAUUUAUCCGGAAUGUCCCCAUCAUUCUCUGUUUCCUGAUCAUUAUCACCUUCAUGGCUGUCAUUUACUAUUUUAAGCUCCACAGUGGCAGACUGUGCCACAAAAUCAAACCUCCUGAAACUGCUCCUACAUAUUCCCCACAGGAUGACACAAUGGAAGUGGAACCUUAUACUACUUAUGUGCAGAAGGAAAACGAAAUUUACAAUUCAGUGUGUGAUCUGACAGUGGGGCAGACUCUUCCACAAGGACUGUCACCAGCAACAUGA